CGGACGCAACGUGAGUUGCACAACUAGCUGACUGCGUACUUGGGUUUUUCCUUGAAUAAGCAAGCUAUUUUAAGGCGAUUUUGCUAAGGAUAUCAGAAUAUUUUUAAAGAUUGGUCUUGUAWUUCAUGAACUGAGUUACAACCAAAAAGUUCGGGUGUCCACCAAGCUAUUGAGGGUCGAUUUCUGGAAUUUUGUUUUUUCGAAAGAAGGAAUUGGUUUAUAAGAAGACGAUGAAUAGCAUUUGUGGUUGUCGAGUGUUUAGAGCUUGCCAGUUAGCUGGUUCAGCAGCGACAAGGAGGUCAUUCGCUAAGGCACUAACAUCUUCACGUCUGUCAACACCAACCCCAUCAGUAUCUCAAUCAGAAGUUSGUCUUUCAAGUAAAUGUUGCAGAGCACCAGUAAAACCCUUACAACACAAAUACUGUAAACAUAUAACACGUCAUUUGUCCACUGCAGAGAAUCCCCAGGGAGGUAGUGAUGGGACAAUGGCUGCUGCAGCUGAAUCUCAAGACACACUUAGUACCAGGAUAGCAAAACUAUUUGGUUGGUUGAGUGGAGUCAACUCUAAAAGUUCAGUUCUCUGGCGAAGCGCUAUGUCAAUGUACAGGACUUGUGUAGAGGACAUUAAUUAUGAUGACUUCUAUGAAGCUUGUCACAUGCCUGACACAUUCCAGUCCUGGUUCAUGGUCAACCAGCUUCAUAUCUGGAUGUGUUUAGUGCGCCUAAAGGCCGAGGGAAAGGACGGACAAUACAUGUACAGAAAAUUAGUGGAGAUUAUGUGGCAGGAUGUCGAAGCAAGAAUGAAGAAAAUGGGGGAAAUUGACUCCAAAACAGUGAGAGAAAGUCUGCUUGAGCUGGUACAAGAGUUUUAUGGGUUGAUAUUCGCAUAUGACGAGGGUCUACUGUCGCAUGAUAGAGUUCUGGCUGCAGCACUAUGGAGGAACAUGGUUUAUGAUAAACACAAYACAAAUGCAUCUGAGCUGGCAAAUCUUGUGGAGUAUGURAGAAGACARAUGCAGCAUCUAGAUCGCCUGGACUCUGAGGAGCUUUUGACUACAGGAAAUAUACCAUGGCUGCCAUUUAGAAAGGCAAAAGAACAGGAGCCUUUCCUGUACCGCUCAUAUGCAAGCUAAAAACAGUACAUGUAUUGAUAGCUUGAUAUUCUAAUGUUGUCAUAUAUUAUAAGGAGGAAAUGACCUUAAAUAAACAGAAAAUAUCUGUUUUGUGGGAAGACAUUUAAAAGGAUUUUGACUAAGAGCAGCAGGAGUUUUUCCAUUAAUGAAUCUAUGUUGGCAAAGAAUGCUGAAUCAUUGCAAUACUACCCUAAAUGUCAUUUGAAAGGGAUUUUCUGAUUCAUUUUGAUGUGUUUUGUAUAAUAGUCCUGUGAAUCAAUCAAGUAGGUUGGAAAAUGCAAAAAAGGAAAAAAGUCAAUUUAAAUGAAUAAUAAUUGAAAAAAAAGAAAAGGAAUGAUAGAAGCUGCAUGUAUCAGAUGGAACAACUGAUUGUAAUUUUCCAAGGGAUUUUURCAGUAACUUCUGUUGUAAAUUUKACAGAAAUUACACGACUACAUGAACACUUUGUUCUCCAUGUUAUUAUGAAAGUAUUUUUGUCUUUAAUCAAAUACUUUAAAUUAUGUAAAAACUUUUCACACCAUAGUUUAUUCAGCAUUAUUUAAGAACUAUUAGGAGCAAAGCAUCACAAUAACAUCAAUUUUCAGUAACAAUUUUAAAAACUUAAUUUGAUUUGUCUUGUAACUUGUAAGAAUUGUGGUAAUGAGAAUUCAUUUUUUUUUAUUGUAAAUAAAAAUAUUACUUGUACUGA